UCCUGAGGAUAGCAACGGAGCUGGUUGCUAACGUGGGAUGCGGAGGGCAGGUAGCCGAGGCUGGGAAUGAGACGGAGGGACAAGAGGAAGGGGAGGUCGAUCUAUAUAUAUAGAUAAUUGCAUUUUUAAAAGUCCCCUUUCCUGCAAGGAGUUCAGGAGUGCCUCCUUCUGCCCUAUUCCAGUUGAUACAACAGCCCUGCGAGUUCAAGAGAUAAAUAGAGGAGAGGGCUCCUCCGCGUUUCGUCACCACCAUGUCUGCCACAGCUGAUGAUACUGCAGAGGACCAGCCAGUGAGGGAUGUUGGUCUCAAUCGCCCUACAAGUGGAGUCCUCCAAGAGGCCUCAGCGGUCCAAAUUGCGAAGACUCGGCAGGCCGUGUCUCGCAUCAGCCGAGAGGAGUUGGAGGACCGGUACUUCCGCUUGCACGACGAAAACCUCUUGCUGAAGCAACAUGCGCGUAAACAAGAGGAUAAAAUUAAAAGAAUGGCCACCAAGCUAAUCCGGCUGGUGAACGACAAGAAAAGAGCCGAGCAGAUGCGUGGCGGCCCCAAGCGGCUGGGCCAGGACGUGGAGAUGGAGGAAAUGAUCGAGCAGCUGCAUGAAAAAGUGCGGGACCUGGAGAGGCAGAACGACGGCCUUCGCAGCAGGCUCAUUUCCACCAAGCAGCAGCUGCAGCUGCAGGGACACCGGCCGGCGCCCUACAGUUACGUGCAGGCCCGUAUCAACACUGGCCUCCGGAAGGCCAAUGAAGGCGCCGGAGUCCAGGAGCAUGCCAGGAAAGGCAUGAGAUUGCAGGAUGUAGACAUCAGAUCCCUGAAAUCUCCCCAAGCUUUACCGCCCAAAUAUGGCCAAAGCCUACUGGAUGAAGCAAGAGCAGAGAUAAGAAAUCUAGAGAACAUCGUCGAAGCGCAAAGGGCUCACAACGAGGAGCUGGAACGUACGGUGGAGGCGCUCGGCAGUGAAAUCAGGAAGAAGGAAGAGGAGUUCGAAGAAUCCCUCCUGCAACUGAAGGAGCAGCAAACAACUGGCCAACGGUUAAACAUUCGGGACAACGUCGAAAUGAUCAGGCUCAACAAACAGUUGAUGGAGAAGAGCAACGCAUUGGCUGCAGUGGAAGAAAAAUUGCUUCAGCUUCAGGAGGCCCGUCGGCAGCAGGCGAGCGGCGACCUCACGUUUCUGGAGAAGGUGGAGGAAGACAUUCACAAAGACUUGGAACGUUCCAUGCAGGAGCUCCAAGUGACCCACGCAGAAACCGUUCAAGAGCUCGAAAAGACGCGCAACAUGUUAAUUGUACAGCACAAAAUUAACAAAGACUAUCAGGCAGAAGUGGAAGCAGUAACACAGAAGAUGGAGGCGGUGCAGCAGGAUUAUGAGUUAAAACUGGAACAGUACGUCCAUCUCCUUGAUGUUAGGGCUACACGUAUCCGUAAACUAGAAGCCCAACUGAAGGAUAUCGCUUAUGGAACCAAGCAGUACAGAUUCAGGUCAGAAAUAAUGCCAGACGAUCCAGUUGACGAGUUUGACGAAACUGCCCGCUUGGAGCGGGGUGAGAACUUGUUUGAAAUCCACAUCGGCAAAGUGACGUUUUCUGCAGAAGCUGCGAAGGCGUUCCGCGACCAGGAACCCGCUACUUUCUGUACCUAUUCUUUCUACGAUUUUGAAUUGCAGAUGACUCCAGUCGUCCGGGGCCUUAAUCCAAUAUACAACUUCACUUCUCAAUAUCUCGUUCGGGUGGAUGACUUCUUUUUGCAGUACAUUCAGAGAAACGCUGCCACGCUUGAAGUCCACCACGCCUAUGGCGUGGACUUUGAAACAUCUGCUGCAUGCCAACUGAGAUUCAAUGAAAUACUGGAGAAGAAUGGCAGAAUUUACAGUUCAGCCAUGUUAGUAGGAAUUGGAGGAGAUAUUCAGAACUAUGGCUCUGUGGAAUACUGGGUCAGGCUAAGGGUCCCCAUGGACCAAGCCAUCAGGCUGUAUAAAGAGCGGGCAAAAGCUCUGGGAUACAUAACAACCAACUUAAAAGAGCAGUCAGCUCAAGCUCACUGCCCAUCCCAAGUCUUAAACGAACUCCAUAUCACAAUAAAAAGUUGCAGCGAUCUGCAGGGCCGGAAAAGUGACCUCCAGCCGAACCCUUACGUGGUCUACAAGUUCUUUGAUUUUGCAGACCACGACACGGCCAUCAUUCCCAGCAGCAACCACCCCCAGUUUGCCGACCACGUGUGUUUCCCAGUGCCGAUGAAUGCCGACCUUGACCGCUACUUGAAAUCCGAAUCCUUGAGCCUAUAUGUCUUUGAUGACAGUGAGGCAGAAGACGGGGUUUAUAUUGGAAAAGCAAAUGUCCCCUUAAUCUCUUUGGCUCACGACAGGUACAUUUCAGGUACCUUUGAACUAACCAAUUAUGAAGGCCAUUCCACCGGCACGGUGAGUGUGGAACUAAAAUGGAAAUAUGCCUACUUGCCACCCAGUGGUUCUGUCGUGGCAGCGGAUCUCACAGCUUACAUCCAGAAUGAGAAACCAGUAAAAGGCCAAGGAGAACCUCCAGUCCUUUCCCCUUCUUUCCCUUCACCAGCAACGAGGCCGCAGCCCAAGCCAAGACAGCGGGCAGCUCCGACGGAUAAGAAAGUGUCUUUUGCAGAUGUGGAUACACUACCAGAUCCGAGUUCCAUUCCUGAAAAGGAAAACAAAGAGACCAGGCGGAAGACCGAAGAUGAAAAGCUGAUUGUUUCAAACAUGCCACAGGGUGUCUCCAAAACUGAAGCCGAUGGCAGAGCAGAGAAAAUGGCAGCAGACGUUCAAGAGGAAAGCGAAGAUCUUUCUCAGCUCUCCGAAGGACAGUUUGCUGACCAGAGCUCAGCUACUUCUGAAGAAGAUACAGAAAUUACUGAAGAACUGGAACCAGAAGAUCAAGAUGACACGCAAGGAACGGAUGCCCAUGAAUCCGUAACAGAUAGCGAUGAGUGUGUUGUCCCAAGUUCAGAGUCCCUGAAUCUCAAGGAGACUGCUGAAAAAAUCCGGAUUGAAAUCAUAUCCCUCAGUCUCACCGAAUCCCCGAUCGCAGCGGAUAGCACGAUACAGCGGCUCUUUGUGGAGUGCAAGUUCUCCAGUUUCCCGGCCGAUGAAACGCCCGUGUCGCUUCCAAAACCCAGAAGCGGGCAGCGGAUCUACUACAAUUACAGCCACGUGAUCCGCGUGGAUGAGGCCAAUAACAAAGCGAGGCGUGAUUUCCUGAAGGCCGUGCUGCGAGGAUCCGAGCCAGCUCCCGGAAGCGUGCGGUUUACAGUGGUGAGUGACCCUCCUGAAGACGAGCAGGAUCUUGAGUGCGAAGAUAUCGGCUUAGCGCAUGUCAGUUUAAGCAAGAUGUUUUCAAGAGGAAAGGACAUAAUCGAGCAAGACAUCGAUGUUUUCGAUUCACAAAAUGACGGGAUAGUAAUCGGGAAGCUCAAAGUGACGGUGGAAGCCCUCGGUGCGCUGCGCUCAAUCUGUGAGGAACUCUGAAAUGGCUGGAAGGUUCAAACACAAGUGCCUAAUCUUAUACCGUGCUCUUCUCCUGGCGCAACUUACACUGGAGAACUUGUGAAAGACGGGAAGACGCUACAGUAUAUUUAAUGUAUAAUUUAUGUGUAAAGGAUGCAUAAUUUUCAGUUGUAAAGUUUGCAUACUUUUUCUGUCUGUUUUGGUGUACGGGAGAGUGCGCGAUAUAUGUAUUCUCCCCUAAGGGCACUAGCUUGUAAAUAAUUAAUACCUACAUGAUUGAAUGGUGUGCUUUUAUUUGCAUUUUUCAACAUUUUUUUCCCUUGCCUUACGAAAAGCAGUAAUAAAAAUGCAAGUCAAAUUUUUAAUUUUUAAUAAAAAAAAAAACUUAAGCCUUAGAAAACUGAUUAAAAAAUACUUUUAUGUUAUCCCUAAUCACCCCGCUAAAUGGAAUGCCCGCGAUUAGCCUCAUUAAGAAUUUUUAUACUGUGAAGCUUUUAUUAGAAGCAAUAUAUGAAAAUUACUUGGAUUAAUGUGUUAAUCUGCCUCUUUAAAAUGCUAAUAUCCAUUUUAUGCACAUUAAAUCUCAGUAUGCGUUUUCUUUGAUGCAUGCCAUUUCUAUCAAUUAAAUAUAAAGAACCAGGCUGGUCCCAAGAUUUAUUAAAUUACUGCAAGCUUUCAUUAAAAAAAAAGAAAAAGAAAUACACAACUUUUGCCUUUCUGCAGUUGUUUGUGAUUAUCAAGUUUUGGAGGUGGAGUGUUGCCUACAAUCCUAGAGGUCUUUUAUUUGUGUGUUUGGGUGUGUUGUGUUCUUUUCUUUGUCAUUUGUGUUAGAUUCUUGCGCUUGUGAGCCAAAUUGAUCAGCGAUUGGGAACAGGAGGGGAAAAUACCUGUUGUAAAAGAUGAAACUAUAAAAGAGUCAGUUAGUGUCUUACCUUUUGGGUGAGUGAGCUCUUCCCUCCCUCUCCCAUCCUUAAAUCACAUUCUAAACUGACAUCAAACUAAUUUAUCAUUUAUUCAUUUAAAACGUUUAUUAGCUGCCUUCCUCCCUUGCGGAACUCCAGGUGGCUUACAAUGCAAAUAAAACAUCAUUUUAAGAAAGCACAAUGAAAACAAUGAUUUAAAAAAACCCCAUGAAAGUUAACAAUUUUAAACUUGUACAAGGAAUUCUUGUUCCUGGACAAAUCAGUAGAUAAAAGCCGCUCAGGAAUUCAAUUCUCCAGCUUUCAACCAAUGGCAAUGAAGAAUUUAACGGAUGUUUUUUUCGAUGGAACUGUGAAUUAGUACCCCCCCCCCCCCAAAAAAAAUGGUGCUUUACGUCUUAAUCCAGAGGGGGUCCAAAUCACUGUUGGGAGUCAGAGGGGCAAAUUCUCCAGUGGGCAGCCACCUCAGCCUGCAUUGCAGAGGGCCACAUCAGUGCCCCCACUCUACCCCCAGCCCCAUCAGCAUAGGAGGGGUGCUCCAGAAGUGUGGUUGGGGUGGCGCUGACCUUUGUUGGCUUCCAACUCGCCUUGGCUGCUGGAAGCUCGACCACCUGGGGUUUGGACCUACGCCACCCUUUUGGGUGACGUACAUCCAUUGAGCCCAACAGAGCUCCUUUAGGUGGCAGAAGGUUUUUUUUUGUUUUUGGCCUCCCCACGGCGCCAGAAAUCCCUCUGGCCCCUCUGAACGCUAGAUCGGGCUGCUAGACAUAUCUUUCACUGCAUUUUAUUUAUUUUAACGCAUACUUAUUUUUGUAUCUGUUACUUUAAGACUGAUCUGAUAGGUGGCAGCGAUUUCCCCCCCCCCCCUCUGUUUGCAAAACAGGCUAUAUUUCUUUUGUAAGCAUAUGUAAAGUAUUCAGAAAGAUAAGUAAUUUAUUAAAAUCUACCUAAUUUGCCGUGAUAUAUUAAAUCUCUGCUUCAGUGAUCACAGCCCAUUUCAUUUAGAGAAUUAGGCAUUCCCUCUUUGUGUGAUUAAAGCUCUGGAAAAUGAGUUCUUUGCUCCUAUUUGUGAACAUUCAGAGCCUGCUAAUGGCAAGAAGAUGGAAUAGAUUAUGAGACAAUUCAUUACAGUUCAACAGCAAAAAAAAUAUAUAUACCCAGACAAAAUGCAAACCUCCCCCCUCCCCAAGUAUGAAUAUCUGCAUAUAGUUUGAACCAUCUGUGCUCUUAAUGGGUUCGGAUCUGUCUCCCCGCCUUCAGCGGGCUUUGAACUAGCAGCCAUACAAUAUUAAUUUGUUGAUGUACAUUGCGAGGCCAGGAUAAUAUAUUUUGACCACAGAAAUCUCUGACUUCUGCCAUUGAAUUCCUGGUCCCCCACUUCCCCUGGUGUUACAGCCCACCAUCUCCAAAGAGCAAACUCUGCAACUUCCCGCAACAAUUUCUUCCUGUGGAACAUUCUAGAAACCGCAGACAGUGACAUUCCAGAGCCCUUGCAUUCCUAGUAAACAGGCACAUGUUUGUGUUCUCACUUGCGCUGUUUCUCAGAGCUCAUCAUUUUUGGCCCAUCUUCCCAAUGUUCUUUGGCUCCUUGCAACCGUAUUGUAAUUAAGGUCUUGUUGUUAUACAUUACAGUAAUUUGAAACAGCUCGAUCCGACACCAAGAUUAAUAAAGUGGCUUUUCAGAAA